GUACAUGGCUGCAUUAGCUCCCAACACGCCUGGAUUGAUUUGAGGCAUUUACUUUUUUCAUGGAGUUGGAAGAAACGUUUGACAAUGUUGGAGUUGAAGUCUGUUUUUGAUAUUCAGAGUGAAGUUGUUCCUUGGCUGUUGAAGGGCAAACUGAUUCCCCUUAAUGAAAAUGGUGAAUGUACGAGCCUUUCAAGAACCGAUUUGCAGAUUGUUAAUGUUGAAAAGAAUGGCAGUGUCCUGUUCACUUGGAAGGGUAAGAAGGGAACCACAUGUAUUGGCUUGCAUGAUCUUCACAAAAAACAGAACAAGCUGCUGUAUACCUUUGAUAGAGAAGUGUCUUUGAUUAGUUGCUCUGUCAACAUGGAAAGAACAUUGCUGGCUGUAAGUAUUCUACAGUUUGCUGGGAGAGGAACAUUCAGACCAGUUUCCAGAUGUUUGACUUUGUUGAUUGAAAUUCAUCCAGUCAACAACACAAAAGUCUUAAAAGCUGUCAAUUCGAAUGUCAAAGUUCAGUUCCUCUAUCAAGAUUCAGAUUCAAGGCUGUUGCCUGAAAGCCACCUGCUCAUAAUUUCAGAGGAUAGAUAUAUUGAGUAUAUUCAUAUAAGAAUGGUCAUUGAAGAAGGUUACAGAGUGAUGGUUCAGAAUCCAGACCGUCUUCCCAGAGAGAUUGUGGCUGAAGACUUCUUGUGGGCACAAUGGGAUACAGAAGCACAGAGGCUGUUCUAUAUUGUUGAAAAGGAAAACAAUGCAGUUCUGAUGUGUAUCCGGUUUUAUCCAGACAGGAGCAAUGAAAUGUUGAUUUCUUUCUCUCUUGGAUUCUCUUUAACAGUUACAAAGUUACGUCUUGUAAAUUUUGGGUACAAUCAUUUUCAAGAGGAAGAGGAAUCUUCUGAAUCUUUGAAUCUGCAAGUUUUCUCAAAUCAUACAGGUGCCUUGUCUGUGUGCUACAGUCAUCCUGUGCAAAAUAAUCAAGAAGUUAUUUAUUCAGUGAUUCUUCUACAUCAUGGUAGAAGGAAAACAUUUAGAGUUUCCUUGGAGAAGUCCAAUUGUGCCUGUAUAAGUGAAUUGACCUUUCUGAACAUUGGUUAUUAUGUAGCUGUUUAUGUGCCUGGAUAUUUUUUACAUCUCAUUAACGUACAACACCCUAAUCUGGCUUGCCAUAAUCUGUUUUUGUCAGGGGAGGAUGCCAAAGUGAAACCCUGGAAUCACCAACGGUAUAUGUUAUCAUUGUCUGACUCGCUGCUGGAUUGUCAUUUGGGGAAAAUCUAUAAAGCUGAGCUCAACCCAGUGUUAUUGAUGAUGUUCAUGCGAAGCAGCAAACUGGGUUGUCAUCAACUUGCUGUGAUGCAUUGCGCUGUCUUGUAUCUCCAGAAUAAUUCAGAAGUCGAAUCACAGAUUAUUCACUGGUUGUGUGGUUUGUCUGCCUCUGCCUGUUCUGAUCUCAUUCAGGAAUUCAUCCUUGGUACUUUAUACAGGAAAGCAAUCUCAGAAACAAAUGCCAUUGCAAAACUGCUGCCUUACUCAUCUUUAUUAAACUGGAAGGGGGAAAUACCUGGAAUAACAUGCACGACAGAAAAUAUUUUGCAAUCUGUUGGAAAAAAGGUUCGUCAUUGUAAAAGUUUCUGGGAAGAGGUGAAUAGGAAUGUGGAAUCUCUGAAGAAUUUAGAAAGUUUGCACAAGGCACUGUACACUAAUAGUUCUUUGAGGAGAAUGCAAUCAAAACUAUUUUCGGAAAUGAAAAUGGAUCCAAGGGCAAUCAGACACUUCAGAAGUGUACUGGAAAAUGCCAAAACGAUUCUUUCAAAAGUGGAUACAUGGUCCCCAGGACAGCAAGUGGUUCCUUUCUUUCAGGAAGAAGACUGCCAGCAGAUGGUGCUAAUAGGACUGAUGGGUGAAAAGCUGAAAGAACAUCUACUGAAAUAUGUUCAUUCCCUUGGAAAGAAAAAGAUUGAUGUGAUAGUUAACAACUACGUUGUGAAUUUGCUUGAAUGCAUACAGACAAUUGUGAACACAAUAUGGAAGCACUGUGGCCUCAAUGCCCACAUCCUGUGCUUAUCCAACAGAGAGAAAGUAAAUUCUGCAGAAUUUGUCAUGUUCCAUAUGAUGACUUGUGUUUUGCAAGCUGUUGAAGGACUUUCGCUGCCUCUUCCACCAGGUUAUCACACGAUUCACAUAAUCCUUGGUGCACGAUGCCUUCCUUUACAUACCCUACUACAUUAUAUUGAUCUCGGAGUGUUGCAUCCAACAGAGCGGUUUGUUACCAGGUUACUUGAAGAACUUGAUGAUUCUGAAAUAAAUGAAAGAUUCAAAUUUAGUAUUGUGGCAAGAAUUCCAGAGACUAUUGAGCAAAAGAUCUGUUGCCUCUGGGACCAUCCGGUCAGUUCAUCACGUGUUGCUCGGAACUAUGUGGAAACACUCCUGAAGAAACUCCCCACCCAGCAGACAUCAAGAAUUUCUUCCGUAAGGGAACUGACUCCAUUUGAGUCUGAAUUUCUGCCACUGACUUACCUAGCAAGAAUCUUAACAGAAGUGGAAGAUCAAGCAUUGAACCCUUUUGAAGAGCCGGAGAAUGUGGAUGCAAAGUUUGUGGAAGAAGUGGCAUUGAAGCAAACAUUAAUUCUUCUGGGCCUUGAAAAUAACUAGAAUGAAUAACAUUUUUAAAUGUUUCAGCAUGUUAAACCCAAGCUGAAACAAGACCACACAACGUUCGAAACAACCCACUCACCUGCCUCAUCCGUGCCUCCUGGUCACUUCAGAAUGCACAGAACUGAAGUGGAAGUAAGUCAUCCUUGCAUUCAAGGGGCUGCCUAAGAGAAGAUUAAUGUUUCUCUCUGUGUGUGUUUCUUUUCGUGUACACUGUUUUAAGUGAGAGAUGAACAUUUACUAGUUCCAGAUACUGAACUUGUGGGUUGCUUCUGAGUUCUUCCAGUUACAUGUCUAUAGUUUGCAACUUAUUUCACUUUUUACAUUGGUGCUAGUGUUGUUCAAGUCAAAAUGUAUCAGAAUAAUGAAAGUCAAAAUAUUGCAGGUGUUGGAACGCUGACCUAAAAACAGAAGAUUCUGGGGAAAAAAAAAAUCAGCAUGUCAGUCAGCUUCUUUGGAAAGAGAAUUAAUAUUUUGGGUCAAAGAUCCUUUGUCAAAACUAAGAAAAAGGGAAAACAAGUUAGUUAUAAAUUGCAGAGAAGGUGGGGAGGAGUGGGUGGUGGUAUUGGAUAGGACAAAGGGAGUAUCCUUGAUAGGGCGAGACCUUCAUUGCCCUGCUGAUUAAUUGUAGAGGCCCUCUGGCAAUGGAUUAAUGGGGGCAGAUUGAGAGAAAGAAAAUGAACAAACACUGUGAGAUGAGGGCAGUUAGUGAAUGAGGAUACAAACAAAAGGUAGUGAAAAGGUGCAAAAUCCAGGGCUGUAGAGCAUAGUCAGCAGGUCAGGCUCUGCCAAUGGAGAGAAAAACAGUGCCAAUAUCACAGAUGGAUGAUGUCUAGCAGAAAAGGCCAGUUUUAAUACAUGCAAAAAAAAAGCAAGUUACCAGAAGUUGUAGAAUUUUGAUACUGAGUCCAGAAGGUUGCAGAGUUCCCUGACGGAAGUUGAGGUGCUGUUCCUUGAGGUUAUAUUGGCCCUUGCUAAUACAGUGCUGUCAGAGGCCAAAGACAGACAGGUCAUAGUGUGCUUAGGAAGGAGAAUUAAAGUGAUCUGUCUAUGUCUAUAUCAGAAGUGGCCAUAUCUGCUGGAAGUCACUCCAUCUGUCCAUUAACACAGCCUGACCAUUGGGUAUGUCCUACAGCCCUGCAUUUUGUACCUUUUCACUUUCUUUUAUUUGUAUUCUCACUCUUUUAACUGCCCUCCUUAACCCAUUGACUGGAUGACCUCAAGUUAAGCAACCCUGCUCUCAGUCUAUCAGAGAUAUUCCCUUUGUUCUA